GCGGGGCUGCCGAGGGAGAAGGGGCGGCCGGGAUCCCGACGAGCCUGUCUGUGUCAGCAGCUUCCCUGCUGCCAGAGAGGGGCGUGAGCGCCUGAGGAGUGGCGCGCGAGGGAGGCUGCGCGGCUGGUUACAAUGGUUACAGCCCUGAAGAGGUAGCCUUAGAGACGCGCACCGCAGCAGGCACCCUCCCGGGCGGGAGCCGCCGCCGCCUGGGCUGAGAGCGGGAGGGCAGAGAAGCCGAGCGCCCGAGCCUGCCUGGCUGGCAUCCUCUGGGGCACCACCUCUUGGACUGCAGCAGGGUCGCCGCCGCCGCCGCCGCCGGGAUUCCAAGCAGGAGAGCCUUGGGCAGGGAGGCUUUGCGUGCCGGGAGCAGCGUCCGUCCUCCAAACAAAAAAGGCUGCGGCGAGGACGAGGCGGGCGAGGGGAGAUUCCAGGCUUGCUCGCGGGUCGCCGGGAGGAGAUGCUGCCGCGCCUGCCCUGCAGCCCCCUCUCCUCCUCCCCCUCCUCCUCCCCGGGCGCUUCUGCACAUUCCAGUUAGCACCGUUGUUGUAGGGGAGGGAAGAGAAGAGACCCCCCCCUCCCCUUCCCAGGACUCCAGGAUCGAGGCUUGGUUGCUGAAGCGGCGGAUAACAUGCAUGUAUCACUAGCUGAAGCCCUGGAGGUUCGGGGAGGACCACUGCACGAAGAAGAAAUAUGGGCUGUAUUGAAUCAAAGUGCCGAAAGCCUUCAAGAACUGUUCCGAAAAGCUGAUCCCACUGCUCUGGGCUUCAUCAUUUCUCCGUGGUCUCUGCUUCUCCUUCCAUCUGGCAGUGUAUCAUUUACCGAUGAAAAUGUUUCCAAUCAAGACCUGCGAGCAUUCACAGCACCAGAAGUUCUGCAAAAUCAGUCACUGUCGUCUCUCUCUGAUGUUGAAAAGAUUCAUAUUUAUUCUCUUGGGAUGACACUGUACUGGGGAGCUGAUUAUGAUGUUCCGCAAAGCCAACCUAUCAAACUUGGGGAUCACUUAAACAGCAUACUGCUUGGCAUGUGUGAAGACGUUGUUUAUGCCCGCGUGUCCGUUCGGACGGUCCUGGAUGCUUGCAGUGCUCACAUAAGGAACAGUAACUGUGCACCUUCCUUCUCGUACGUGAAGCAGUUGGUUAAACUGGUUCUGGGAAGCUUGUCUGGGGUGGAUCAGCUUCCCUGCGUUGGGGACACAAAACUGCAGACUGACAGGAGCCAGGCUAUCCGGGAGAGGCUGAGAGGAAAAGGACUUCCUACAGGAAGAAGUUUAAUGACUGAUGCUGCAGAAGUUCAGAAGGCUGAAGUCUCUCAACAGGCCAUGCUUAACAAAGGGCUUAGCAAGUCUAUGGGGUUCUUGUCUAUCAGAGACUCACAAGGUGAAGAAGAAUUUUGCCAUGGUAUUUCCUCUGAAUACAACCCUGGCCAUGAAGAUGCCACAGAUACUUGCUGCCCUUACCGAUGUAGAGCUGUUGACUUGGAAAGGAAAGGUCCUCCUGGAGCCAACUCCGGCCCCAAACGAAAAGUUUGGGCUUCCUCUUCAGAUUUGCUAAGCUCAUCUGACAAAUUGCCUGAGAGAGACCAUGGUGGGGAAUCUCGCAGGCAGAAACAUCACGCGGGGACCGUUUCGGUACGGACUUCGACAGCUGCCAGAAACAAGGAGGGAAGAUAUUCCGACGGGAGCAUAGCUCUUGAUAUAUUUGGCCCUCAGAAACUAGAUCAGGUGCGCCAUGUGCCAGAGACCUCGACAUCUGCAGCCUUAUCAAGUGCCCUUGACAGGAUCAAAGAGAGACAGAAGAAGCUGCAGUUGUUGAGGGAAGCCAUGAAUGUAGAAGAACAUGUACGGAGAUAUAAAUCUUACCACAGUGACAUAUACAGCACAGACAGUGAAAGCCCAUCAUUCAUUUCCUCUGAGGCAGAUUUUAGACAAGUGAGGAGAAUUGAAGCACUGAGAGACGACUCCAGUGGUCCUUCCCUAGGAACAGAUGAUGAUGCUUCAUCCGGUCGAAUCCAGGGACAAAGGUCAAGCCGUCGACAAUAUGAAACACCACUUGAAGGCAACCUGAUAAGCCAAGAAGUCAUGUUGAAGCGCCAAGAAGAGGAGAUGAUGCAGCUGCAAGCAAAAAUAGCCCUCCGGCAGUCUCGACUAAGCCUCUAUCCCGGAGACAUUGUGAGGUCACCUGUACUUGAUAUGACGAGGGAUCCCCUGAGAGAAAUUGCACUGGAAACAGCCAUGACCCAAAGGAAACUAAGGAAUUUCUUUGGCCCUGAAUUUGUGAAAACAACCAUAGAGCCAUUCACCUCCCUGGACCUGCCAAAGUCAAUUUUGAACAAGAAGGGGAGGAAUGAAGACAAUCGUCGGAAAGUAAAUGUCAUACUUCUAAAUGGGCAGAGGCUGGAGCUGACCUGUGAUACCAAGACUGUCUGCAAAGAUGUGUUUGAUAUGGUAGUGGCCCAUAUUGGUUUAGUGGAACAUCAUUUGUUUGGCUUGGCUGUCUUAAAAGAAAACGAAUUUUUCUUCAUUGACCCCGAGUUAAAACUAACUAAAGUUGCUCCCGAAGGGUGGAAAGAGGAGCCGAAGAAAAAGAGCAAAAAUGCAAUUAAUUUCACCUUGUUCUUCCGUAUUAAAUUCUUUGUGGAUGAUAUUAGCUUGAUCCAGCAUACUUUGACAUGUCAUCAGUAUUACCUGCAGUUAAGGAAAGAUCUCCUGGAGGAGAAGAUGCAUUGUGACGAUGAGACAGCCUUAUUGCUAGCCUCACUGGCCCUCCAGGCAGAAUAUGGAGAUUACCAGGCUGAAGUGCAUGGCCUAUCCUAUUUCAGACUGGAGCACUACUUGCCAGCUAGAGUGAUGGAAAACCUGGACCUAUCUAAUGUCAAAGAAGAAUUGCCAAAGCUGCAUAGCUCUUACGUUGGUGCUUCCGAGAAAGAAGCAGAACUGGAAUUUCUUAAGAUUUGCCAAAGGUUGACAGAAUAUGGUGUUCAUUUUCAUCGUGUGUUGCCAGAGAAGAAAUCUCAGACUGGAAUCUUGUUGGGAGUUUGCCCUAAAGGAGUUCUCAUUUUUGAGGUUCACAACGGUAUCCGUACGCCUGUCCUUCGUUUCCCAUGGAGGGAAACAAAGAAAAUAUCCUUUAGUAAGAGAAAGAUAACUCUGCAGAACACAUCUGAUGGUAUAAAGCAUGCAUUCCAAACAGACACGAGCAAGACAUGCCAGUACUUGCUGCAGCUCUGCUCUUCACAGCAUAAAUUCCAGCUCCAGAUGAGAGCCAGGCAGAGCAACCAGGAUGCUCAGGAAAUUGAGAGAGCAUCUUUUAGGAGCCUCAAUCUCCACACGGAUUCUGUUAAAAGUUUUAACAUGGGACGUGCCAUCAGCACAGGCAGCCUGGCUAGCAGUACAUUGAACAGGCUUGCCGUCCGUCCAUUGUCGGUGCAAGCAGAAAUUCUCAAGAGGCUCUCCUACUCUGAGCUGUCCCUCUUCCAGCCAGCCCAAAGUUGCUCCAGAGACAAGAAUGAGAAGCUAUCGUGGGAGGAAAAGCCCAGAGUCAUGAGCAAAUCCUUUCAUGACCUCACCCAGAGUCAGGUGUCCGUUAGCCCACUUCGGAAAAACAUUAUUGCACCCAUGGACUCUUCUUCUUCACAAAAAAUGGAGGAGCUGAUGGGGAAAAUCUUCCAGCAGAUGCCCAAAUCAGAUACUGAAUCAGUGGUUGGAGGAGCAAAAUUAAACAAUUCACGCUCUCAUGCAGGUUUACAUGCCAGCCUAGAAAGGAGGAAAAAUGAAUCAGACUCCUCAUCCACAGAAGAUACUGGCCAAGCCUAUGUUGUAGAUGUUCUCCAAACAAAGCAGAACACACUGUCGCUGCCAGAGAGGGAGAUCAGCUUGGUAAACCUGAAAAAAGAUGAAAAGUAUGGCUUAGGGUUUCAAAUCACAGGUGGGGAGAAGACUGGAAAACUUGAUCUUGGGAUUUUUAUCCUCUCAGUAACUCCUGGAGGACCAGCAGAUUUGCAGGGGUCAUUAAAACCAGGAGACCGCCUGAUAUCGGUGAACAGCGUGAGCUUGGAAGGGGUCAGUCAUCACACAGCGUUGGACAUUAUGGAGAGUGCUCCAGAAGAAGUGACCCUUGUCAUCUCACAGCCAAAGGAGAGGCCUGCCAAAGUGCCAUCAAAUCACCUCAGUGGGACUAAAGGGUAUUUGAAGAGGCCUUCAGUGACACAGGACAAUGAGGCAGAGUCCUCUUCAGAGGAACAUAACAGGCCUCCAGACGACCAGAGGCCCAACUCCGAGAGCUCCCCAGGCCUUUGCUCGGGUAAACGGGACGGAAGCCUGAGCUCCCAGGAUUCCAGGACGGAGAGUGCCAGCCUAUCCCAGAGCCAAACAAAUGGCGUCUUUGGCAACCAUAUCAGUGACAGGGGACAGCAGGAGCUGCAGCAUCACCGUGAUUCCCCGCUUCUCCUUUCCAAAUGCAACGAGAAAAACAGAAACAAGCCCAGCAAGUCUACAGAGACAAACCCGGCAAAGGCAAAAAGGCCGGGGAUGGCGGAGGCCGUUGAGUAUUCUGACCGCGGGGAUUCUGACAUGGACGAAGCCACUUACUCCACCAGCCAGGAACAAGCUACAGCUAAGAAGGAGUCUUCCUUCACGAAUUUGGCAAACUCAAUGAAUUCUAAAAAGCUUUCUACACCACCUCUUAAACCAGGAGAUAUCUUUGAGGUUGAACUGGCCAAAAAUGAUAACGGCUUGGGAAUAAGUGUCACGGUACUGUUUGACAAGGGUGGUGUGAACACCAGUGUGAGACAUGGAGGCCUUUAUGUGAAGGCUGUUAUUCCUAAGGGAGCAGCAGAAGCUGAUGGGAGGAUUCAAAAAGGUGAUCGUGUACUCUCUGUCAAUGGGGUUACUUUGGAAGGUGCUACACAUAAACAAGCUGUAGAAAUCCUGAGGAAUACUGGCCAGGAGGUUCACCUAGUGUUAGAAAAGGGGCAGCUUCCAGCAGUCAAAGUCCAUGCUCCAGUUACACCACAGUGUACGCCUCCAAUCCAGCCUGGCCAAAGUACAGACCGGCCUCUGAAGAAAACGUCAAGUGCCAGAGACUACAACUUUGUCACUGAUGAAAACAUGUUUGAGGUGAAGCUAGUGAAAAACAGUUCAGGCCUGGGCUUCAGUUUCUGCCGAGAGGACAGUGUUUCUCCAGAACAGCCGGGUUCCAGCAUAGUCAGGGUUAAAAAGCUUUUCCCUGGGCAACCUGCUGCAGAGAGUGGUCAGAUCGAGGUUGGGGAUGUCAUCCUGAAAGUGAAUGGUGCUUCCUUAAAAGGACUGUCCCAACAGGAAGUCAUCUCCGCUCUCAGGGGAACCUCCCCGGAAGUCACCCUCCUCCUCUGCAGGCCGCUCCCCGGAAUUCUCCCCGAAAUUGAUCCUGCUUUAUUGACUCCAAUCCAUUCCCCACCCCAAGUUUUUCCUGAUGUCAGCAAAGGAAACCCUCAGCCGUCCAGCGGAGAGCCAGAUGACAGCUCCGAUGAAAACGAUGCCACAGACAAGAGCAAGAAGCGGAUCAAGUCCCCCUCUAGGAGGGACAGCUACAGCGACAGCAGUGGGAGCGGAGGGGAGGAGCUUGUUGCAAACGCUGCCCAGAUUACGAGUGCGAAGUGGGGCUCUGCUCUGUACCAAGGGCCAGGCCAAUUGGCAGCCCGGGCACCCAGUCCUUAUGAAAUGCCCUGCAGUCAAGAGGAAGCCAUUCGCACAAUCUGUUACUCCCUCCGUGACUCAUCUCGGAAACCAGAACUAGAAGACAGCAACCCGCCAUCUCCUCCACUGUUGGAUUUGCCGCCCGUGCCCACCUGUAGAACCAUCCUACCGAGUUCAACAGAUGACAACUACAACUGUUCCGUCUCGGAGCUCACAGUAUCACCAGCAGGGCUGGUGUCACUUUUCAACCAACUUGAAAAAAACACUGACGAAUAUGAGCCAGAGGUGGAGCUCCAUGUUAUCCUCACGAAAUCAGAAAAGGGUAGCCUUGGCUUCACAGUGACCAAAGGCAAUGACAACAUUGGCUGCUACAUCCAUGACGUCAUUCAGGACCCUGCCAAAAGCGAUGGGAGACUGCGACCUGGAGACCGCCUCAUCAAGGUUAAUGACACAGACGUCACAAACAUGAGCCACACAGAUGCUGUCAGUUUUCUCCGAGCAGCCCCAAAGACAGUCAAGCUUGUGCUUGGACGUGUUCUGGAGCUACCCAAGAUACCCAUCCUGCCACAUCUGCUGCCUGAUAUUAGCCUAAUGUGCCAAAAGGAAGAACUGGGCAUCUCCCUCUCUGGUGGUCACGACAGCCUUUAUCAGGUGACAUAUAUUAGUGAUAUCAGUCCAAAGUCCUCUGCGGCCAUGGAGGGAUCCCUCCGUCCCUUGGACAUCAUCCAUUACAUUAAUGGGAUCAGCACUCAGGGAAUGACUCUGAAAGAAGCUAAGAAGGCACUGGAGAUGUCGCUUCCAACGGUGGUACUGAAAGCAACAAGAGAUGGUCAUCCAGUGUUUCUGAGGGUGAAAGGCCCAGCUAAUUCAAGUCCAAGGCCAAUCAAACAAAACGGCCAUCUCCAUGGAGAAUCCUGUGGCAAAGCAGAAAUAGGGCCUGAUCUGUACACACCCAAGGUGAACGGUGAACUGAACAGCAGCCACCAGAUGAAAGGGCCUGGGAAUGUCACCAUAUCUAAAGAAACAGCCCCCAGUAAUGCUACAAGUCAGGCCUUAGAGUUUUCUAGCUACAACAAUAAUUCAGCAGAUGUACAAGAUGACGACUCUUAUGAUGAGGAUGAUCACAACGAAGUCAUUCAGUACCUUUUGGACGUUGUCGAUGAAGAAGCCCAGAACUUGUUAAACCGCAGUAAUGCCACAUCUGGGAACCAUCUGCCAGAGACAAAUGGCAAGCUUGCAGAAGAAAAAUCCGAGGACACAGAUUGUGAUGGAUCCUCAUUGCCUGAAGAUUUUCCAGAGCCACCACAGUUAAAUGGCUGCGAAGAACACUGUCAUGACAAGGGGAUGACUGAAAGAUUACCUCAACGGCCUCUGAUGGAACAGGGUGAGGAUGAUGAGAUUACUUGGGGAAGCGAUGAGUUGCCAAUCGAAUCAAUAAACCAGAAGAAGCCUCUUAAAGAUUGCCCUUUAGUCACAAACGAAGAGCUUGCUGCACUUCCAAUUGUCCGAGUGCUUCCUUCUGGCAAAUAUACUGGGUCCAAGUUGAAGUCAACUAUUCGGAUGCUGCGGGGACUUUUGGAACAAGGAGUCCCUUCGAAGGAGAUUGAGAAUCUUCAAAACUUAAAACCUUUGGAUCAGUGUUUGGUGGGCCAAACAAAGGAAAACAGGAAGAAGAACAGAUAUAAGAACAUACUGCCCUAUGACACCACGAGAGUGCCUCUGGGGGCCGAAGGGGGCUACAUCAAUGCCAGCUUCAUCCGAAUGCAAGUGGGGAGUAAGGAAUAUGUUUAUGUUGCAUGCCAAGGACCCCUCCCAACCACUGUGGCGGACUUCUGGCAGAUGACUUGGGAACAAAACUGCACUGUCAUUGCCAUGAUGACACAGGAGGUAGAAGGAGAAAAGGUCAAAUGCCAGCGGUAUUGGCCCGACGUCCUUGGCAAAACCACUAUGGUCGAUGAUAGGCUCCGGCUUGCUCUUGUGAGGCUGCAGCAGCUGAAAGGCUUUGUCAUUAGAGUCAUGGAGCUGGAGGAUAUUCAAACUGGUGAACUCCGUCGUAUUUCCCAUUUGAACUUUACUGCCUGGCCAGAUCACGACACACCCUCUCAGCCAGAUGAUUUGCUCACGUUUAUAUCCUACAUGAGGCACAUCCACAAAUCGGGACCAAUCAUCACGCACUGCAGUGCAGGCAUUGGACGAUCAGGGACGCUUAUUUGCAUAGAUGUGGUCUUGGGACUAAUCAGCCAAGAUCUUGAGUUCGACAUCUCUGACGUGGUGCGCACCAUGCGCCUGCAAAGGCAUGGAAUGGUGCAGACUGAGGACCAGUACAUUUUCUGCUAUCAAGUUAUCCUGUACGUCCUAAAACGUCUUCAAGUAGAAGAACAGCAAAGAAGCAACUAAAACAUUAAAGCUGAAUAUGCUAUGGGUGGGGGGUGAGAUGAGAAAAGAAAUACAAUUUGGGCAUAUCUACACUAUAGAAUUCAGCUGGCAUAGCAUUGCUUCCGUCCCUCCAGAGAAUUGUGCUUCUGUGAUGGGGCUAGGAAAUUCUGUUAAGGAAAUUCUCAGAACUCUAAUCAAACUACAGUUCCCAGGAUUCUUUGGAGGAAGCCAUGACCAUUAUGCUGGUAUCAAGCCAAUAGAAGUUUCUAGAGUGGAUGUGCCCAUAGUGCACUCUGCCAAUGUGAUGAUUGUCCAGCAUCAAGUACCACUAGCACCCCCAUCCUCUACAUGGUUGGGGCCCUGUAUACCAUUUAAAAAUAUUAGAGUCUGCUGCAUUCCCCAUCCCCACCCCCACCCCCCGUGGCUUUUUCAAACUAUGACAAGCAAUUUUUUUUUAAAACCACUUUCUUUUUCUUUCUUUUUUUAAAAAAACGAAUUCCUCCUGCAGUUUGUAUUCCCCUCCCCACCAGCUGCUUUAUAGUACGUUUCUGAUGCUGGAGUGGGGUGGGUGGGAAACAAAAACAGUAUUUUAUCCUGGUGGACUUUCUUACAGGGAUAUUUUUAUUAGUCUAUUUUUCAAGUUUGUUCAUAGCAGAGCUGACUUUUCCCAGCAUUUUUAAUGCAGUAGAGCUUUUUAUAGAAAAUACUUGAAUUCAGUAUUUAAGCUUUACCAAGCAUCUUAUUAGCAUAGGAAGAAAUAGCCGACGUUUACUGUAAGUACUACAGGUUAUGAUGUUUACUUUAUAGAAUCUUGUGUAUAUAUUUAUAUACUUUUACAAAAAAAAAAAAGUUGAAUUAUUGGGUGUCUACGCUUAUAACUGCUGAGGCAUCUCCACUGUGUAAAUAAAGUACACUUUUAAAACAUG